AUGUCAGAUGGCCUGUAUACUACUGCAAAUGCAGCAACAGCUCGAGGAGGAGGAGGAGGGCAACCCAACUUCAGUAACACCGGAUUUCAUCAACAGCCCAAGUUCAUUUACCCCAAGCCUGAAGCGGAGUACCAAGAAAUUAUUCAGAAUCCAGACCUUUUCUCCCAAAAGCUUCAAUCUUUUCACUCCUCUUUUGGAACUACCAAAUUGAAGAUUCCUAAACUCGGAGGAAAAUCGUUGGAUCUACACCAUCUUUUUGUGGAGGUAACCUCUCGUGGUGGGAUUGAGAAGUUGAUAAGAGAUCGCAGAUGGAAGGAAGUAACUGCGGCCUUCAAGUUUCCAUCUUCGCUAACCAGUGCAUCAUUUGUCCUGCGGAAGUAUUAUCUGUCACUACUUUAUCACUUUGAGCAGGUCUAUUACUUUCGGAAAGAAGAGACUUCUGCAUCAGCUACUGAUUCGGGAAGUAGAGUUGUCAAUGGACAAGCAGGUGUACAAAGUCUUGUGGAUGGUUUCAAACUCAAUCAUUGUUCAGAUAUACCUGUACUGGAAGCCGGCAGUUCGGUGAUUGGAACCAUUGAUGCCAAAUGUGAUUAUGGAUACUUGGUUUCUGUCGAGUUUGGCUCCGAGAAAUUGAAUGGUGUUCUUUAUCAUGUACCUGAAGUAUCAUCACAAAUGUCACAGAGGUUGAGCAGCGUGUCUGGGCAUGCUCCAAGAAGGCGCCGGAGGCGUAAGUUGGGUUUCAAGGAUCCCUCUCGACCCAAAAGAAAUAAGAAUGGGUACAAUAUCUUCUUCGCUGAGAAUUAUGCGAGACUGAAGCCUUCACACCAAGGGCAAGAGAGAGCUAUUACCCAGAAAAUUGGAAUUUUGUGGAACAAAUUGUCUGAAUCUGAAAAACAGGUGUAUCGGCAAAAAGGUCAGAUUGACAAGGAGAGAUACCGGUCAGAGAUGCGUGAUUAUAACACUUCUCACAAUUCAUAA